AUGUUUUCUGGGUGCAAAAAGUACGGCACGCCAGGGCGCCGUCCCAGCCCGGCGACUGCACGCGACUCGCCAUCCCCGUCGCCGUCACCGUCACAGGCGGGAACAGCGUCGUCGAUCGCGGCGCAGGCCGCGCGCGCGGCGCACGUCGCGGCAGGUCUCGGAGGGGGGUUCGUCUCUUCCUCGCCUGCUGCGUCGCCGUCGCCGUCGCCGCAACCGUUCCCAUGGAACCCGUCUUAUCAACAGCAGUUUCCGGCCGCUGGUCGCUCAAGAUCGCCUGCUGGACCCUCUCCUUCACAGCGAAACCCUCAAGCCCCAUCCCCGUCACAAACGGCCGCGUUUCAUGGGAUCGGGGGGGCCGGCGAGGGCGGAGAGCCUGUGGUGGUGUGCGAUUUGCCUGCGGAAGUAGUGGCGGCUCACGAGGAGGCCGUUCGCUCACACGAUGCAGCGUCCUUCUCCGCCCCUCGCGCCAGCCUUGAUCCAGCGUCAGGCUACGCGUGGGUGCAGAUUUCUCACCGCCUCUUCCUCUGGAGCUACGUCUCUGCCCGCGUCCCUUCCUGCUGCCUCGUUCUCAACCUCCCCCGCUCCGCCCUUCCCGGCGGCGCUGAUUUCGUUGGUGGUGCUGUUCUGGUGAAAGACAGGAGCGUGGGCUUCGGAAGCUGCUUCAUGCAGUACUGGCUGCUUAGAUUCGGCAUCGUGCCUUCAUCCGCGCCUGCCCACUGCCUGCCGUGCAACCCUCGGCCCCUGUGCGAACCCCCGCCUUCCACUGCGUUUGCUGCCCCUGGCAACACUCCGUCUAUCAUCUCAGCGCCUCAGAUGCUCCAGUCUUCAGCAGCAGGGAACGGAGCAGCAGCAGAGGCAGGAGCAUCAGCAGGAGAAGGAGGAGGAGCAGAGUCAGUACAGGGUUUUCGGCUGAAGUUGAAGCAGCUGCCUCUGCUGGUGGUGCCUCGGGCGAAGGUGGAGGAGGAAGAGGCUAUGUGCGCGCUCUCCCUGCGUCUAGGGGGCCGGCCGAAAGGCUCUGUGCUGAUUCUCUCCGGUGAUGGAGCUGCCACGCUGGUGCGUCUGCAGGACGGCGCGAGGGGGAGGCAGGAGGGGCAUGGGGCGGCGCAUGGGGAGGGGCGCGGACAGGGGAAUGUGCAGGGGAGUGGGCCGGGUGUGGUGCAGAAGCAGCUGUUUCAAGUUGAUCCUAUGGGGGAGGAAGAGGAGGAGGAAGAGGAGGAGGAAGAGGAGGAGGAGGCGUGGGAGGAGGGCGGGCCGGCAGUGCUAGUGGGUAGUCUCUUUGACGAGUUUCUGUCUGCUGCUGCUGCAGGAGCAGGCGGGAUAGAGGCUAGCAUUGCUGCUGCAGCGGAUGCUGGAGCAACUGGCAUCGCAGGAACGGGAGGCGGAGGAGGAGGCGGGGUAGGAGGCGGAGGGGGAGGGGGAGGAGUUACAGGAGGCGAGUCUGGGUCGGUGAUUCUCCAGAGAUUGCUGCAAGCAGGGACGUUCGAGGCAGAGGGCGAAGCCUCUCCCUUUGUGCGCUGUAGUCUCUCUAUCAUCGAUGCUCUCACAAAACACUGGGGAGCCGACGAUCCCCCCCUCACCACCACUGGUUCUACCCCUGGCGGUGGCGGGGGUACGGGGCGGGGAGAAGACAGGGGACUGGGGGCAGUGCGUGAAGGGGGGUCGGGAGGGGGAGGGUUCUCGUCGUCUGGGAAACUUGGGGUGAAGCAGUGGCAGCACGAUCGGUUUCUGGAGUUCCUGCAGGUGUCGGGCGCACAGCAGGAGCUCGCAGUGAGGCAACCCCUGGCCCUGCAACUGAUCCUGGAGCAUGGAGAGCGGCUGGCAUCUGUGGCCCAUCUCAGGACCCUGCACUCCUCGCUUGCUGCCACCGCCUCUAACCUGCAACAGCAGCUGCAGCAGCAGCAGAGGCAGAAGCAGAGUUCCCCCUCCCCGUUCACCUCCCCUUACCUGCGGUCCCCAGCACCCAGAGCUGCACGAGCAGCGGAAAGGUACGAGGAAUCAGAGGAGGAUGCACGGAUUGAAAGAGAGAGGGAGGCAGCAGAGGUGGCAGCAACGUCCCUCUGGCGAGCAGUGCAGGACGCAGGGGAUAGGAUCCGGAGAGGGAGUGUGUUUCUGUUGGAGAGGGAUCGCAGCCAGGUGUUCUUCGCCCGCGUGUCUGAAGCUGGACCGGAGUUUUUCUCGGCGCUGGCUGCUGCGUUUUCCGACGCGGCUGGCCCAUCUGCAUCCGCCACAGCCGCAGCAGCAGCGCGCAGGCACCUAGCCCGAGCGGCCACGCUUGUCGAAGCAGCAGUGGGCAGCCUCGGGGCGGCGGAUCGGUACCGAACCGACAAGGCUCGGUGGUACCCGGACGUGGGGCGGCUAGCUGGGUCGGACCUAGGGGCAGUGCGCAGGGGGAAGGGGCGAGGGAGAAAACGGAGAGCAGGGGGAGGAGCGAGAGGAGCAGGCGGAGGAGGAGGAGGAGUGAGAGGAGGAGAAGGGGAUGUGUGGCGAUGGGUGGAGAGGUGGGAACCGUGGGCGUGCAGUGCUGCUGUUAGGGCUGCUCUGUGGUCGCUCCUGGCUACGCUUAUUCAGCUCGAGGCCACAGCAGCAUGGGACGAGGAGCAGUCCUCCCUCCUGCACCGCCUCUCGCUCUCCCUCUCCUCCCUCCUCCUCUCCGCCUUCGCCACUGCAUUGGAGGCCAGGGACGUGGCGGCCAGGGGCGAGCAGGAGGGCGAGCAGGAGCAGCAGGAGCGGCAGGCGCUAGAGAGGGAAUUCUUCUGGAAGCGGGACUUUCUGCUCUCUGUGCUCGUGCAGCGGGCGAUUGCAGCAGCAGAGGCGUCAGAUGACCCCGCGGCCUCGCUGCGAGCCGCACUAGCAGCACCAUUCGCCCUGGCACGGCAGCACUGCAGCUAUGCCACGCUCUUCCACGUCUGCCGCUACCUGCAGGAUGUGUCGCUGCUGGAAGCACUCAUGAGGGACAUCCCAUCGGGUCCCGAGGGGCGAUUCACCUUCUUUGUCUUCUCGCAGUUCACAGCAGCGGGGGACGCUGCCGGCAUGCUGCGCUUUGGCCCUGCAUUCCCCACCGAGCUCGAGUUCUUCCUCGAGGACCACAAGCACCUGCAGUGGCUACACGACAUUCUUCUGGGUAACUUCCCCAAGGCCGCUUCUACCCUGCAUGCGCUCGCGUCCUCCUUCCCAGCGGCCCAAUCCAUGAUGGAGCAAGAAGCCCAGCGACAGAGGAAGCAGGGGAAAGCCGGGAAGAGGCAGGGGAGAAGUGGGGGAAAGGAGCAGGGAGGGGAAGAGGGGAUGGAAGGGAUGGAAGGGAUGGAAGGGGGGGUUGCUGCUAUGGGUCUGAGUGUCCUGAGGAGGAGGAAGAAGCUGUUACAGCUUGCGAAGCUCUCCUUCCUGGCUGGUGCUUCAGACCCGUCGGCCCUCACAUCGCGAGCCACUGUCCUGUCUGCUGACAUUGAACUGCGGCUGCUGGAGAUUCAGUGUGUGCGAGUAGGAGGUUAG